AUGGUUGCGUCACGUUUGCGCAGCGUGCGUCGGAAAACUGAAGACGGGGGUUCCUGCCGAAGGAGGUGUGGAGAAUUAAGAAGAGUGACGAUUACACCAUCCAAUCAGAAUGAGGAGCAGCACAACGCCAGGAACACAUCGGUACGUGAUUGGAUUAUCCUCCUAGGAAGGCGGACCUUGGACAACACGGUUGCUAUGACGGCAGAAUGCCCACCUUCCCGGCGCCGCCAUCUUGUUGUUGAUUCGAACCGUAGGGAGCGGGUGAGGGCAGUGUUUGAAGCCGGCCUGGGGGGACCGAGUAGCAGCGCCCCCCGGCCGGGCAGGGAGAAGUUUCCCUUGGUAAGUGUCGGUCUCGGAAGCGGGGUUGGUGCGCGGGAGGCGAAGGGGAGGGCGCCUCUCUUCCUCUCUCGGCUCGGAUCUGAAUGAGUGUCGGGAGGGGGAAGAGGAGGCCGGUCGGCGGGGGGGAGAAGGAAGGAGCUCGGUGGGGGCUGAGGCGAGGCAGCGGCGCCUGAGAAGAGAGACCAGGCUCCCUGGUGGGUGUGGUGGGUCCGUGAGGGCUUCUGGGGCUGCCCCCCGAGGGAAGGAUCCUGCGCAGGUGUCUUUCCAUUGGGUGGGGGGGGCGGAGGGUGUUACAAAAUGGGAAGUGGAAGCGGCUCUCCUGCCAGGCAGCCCGGUCUGCCAGUCGUCUUCGUUCUCGACGGGCGUCUGGGCUGCCGCUUUUGCAGGUUCUGCCGGAUCCUUUCCUCCCCGAUGGAGACGCGGCGCCAGGUUGGCUUCGUUCAACCGUCUGUUUUGGAAGCGGGCUUUCUGGUGAAUACACGGCGCGUUACUCCUCUUAGUGGUUGACAUCAUUAGACGAGGCCCAUUUGGGAUGUGUGUGUAGCUUGGAGUCAGUAGCUGCUGCACGAGAAAUUGGGAGGGGGGGCUUCGCUCAAGCCGUUUUUCUCUCCCUCCCCCUCCGCUGCCUGGGAAAAGCCUUUAACGAGGUGACAGGUUGAAUCCCAGAGGUCACCAUGUCCGUUGGGAAAUGGUGUUGGUUUUCAACAGAAGGCGACUGCUUGGCACACUGGACCUAAGUAAGUAUGUUGGCCCCAAUCCAGGGAACUCUGGGAGUAGCAGAAGGCUCUGUAGGCAGUAAGUGUCCAACAACUGACUUUGAUGGAUCAUCCUUAACAUUGAACCACAUGUAGGGAAUUGUGCUGGAAUGGGACAAGAAAUAACUUUGCAUUUUAAUAUUUUCUCUCUUCCCACCACUCAAAUCUUGUUCUAGUAUAGGGUUGGGUAAUCUCAGUCCCAGAGACUGAAUGUGGCCCUUCAGACCUCUGGGACUGGCCCUUGGGACUCUCCCCAGGCUAGACCCAUAAACAGGCCUUCUCUCAAAGCUGCAGCACACAUUGACUGCUCUGCACACUCCUCAAGAGCUUUUGCCUGACAAGAAUGUGUCUUUGAGCUGUGACUCUGCCUUUUGCUUGCCUGGAUGUAGAGAUGGGGGUAGUGUGUAGAAACCUUUGACUUUUGUGUGGCUCACAUGUAGCCUACUAUAUAAAAGUAAAAACUACUUGGUCUCUUCAGUAGUGGCCCCUUCACACUUGUGGAAUGCUAUCCCUAGGGAGACACAACUGGUAUCGUCUUUAUUUUUGGGCACAAGGCAAAGACGUUUUCUCUUUAUCUGGGUGUUUGGCCCUUAAUUUGAAGACAGUGUUCAAAAUACAGUGGUACCUCGCAAGAUGAAUGCCUCGCAAGACAAAAAAACUCGCUAGACGAAAGGGUUUUUUGUUUUUUGAGCUGCUUCGCAAGACGAUUUUCCCUAUGGGCUUGCUUCGCAAGACGGAAACGUCUUGCAAGUUUGUUUCCUUUUUCUUAACACCGUUAAUACAGUUGCGACUUGACUUCGAGGAGCAACUCAUAGAACGCGGUGUGGUAGCCUUUUUUGAGGUUUUUAAAGACUUUGGUGAUUUUUGAAGCUUUUCCAAAACGAAAAAAAUCGCAAGACGACAAAACUCGCGGAACGAAUUAAUUUCGUCUUGCGAGGCACCACUGUACUCCAGGCACCAGGUGUGUUUUGUGACUGGCAUUGGUCCAGUUGCGACCAUGUGGAGAUCUCUGGAUGCCAGGUUGGCGACUGACAUCUCCAUCUGUCUGGCCCCUCCAGCCUUCUUAGGCAGGUAAGCUGAAGAGCUUAUUUACUGCAUUCAUAUCCCACCUUUUUCUCCAAGGACUACAUGGUCCACCUGCUCCUCAGUUAAUCCCUACAACGACCGUGUAAGGUAGGUUAAGGGACUGUGACAGACUUCAAGGUCACCCAGUGAGCUACAUGACUGAGUGGGGAUUUAAACCCUGAUUUUCCAGGACCUAGUCCGACACCCUGACUACUACACCACCCUGACUUCCUAGACUUCUACUAUGGGGCAGCUAUAUAAAUUAAGUAGGUACAUAAAUAUGGGGAAAGCAAAAUGUUACUUAGAGAAGGAUCUGAAAUAUUUUCCUUGAAGAUUGAAUUUGUUUUAUUCUGAAUUGUUUUAUUUGUUGUUUCCAUGUGUUGUAAACUGCUUUGAGAAUUUUUUUCAUUAAGGUAGAAAGUGUUAUAGAAAUGAAAUGAAUAGUAUUAAUACUAAAUUUCGCUGGGGGAGAAAUGGUGCCUAGACAUUCUUUUAUGGCGACUGUAGCCUAGGUUUAAGGUGUCGUUUGGCGAUUAGCUUUUAUAUCUGAGUUUAUAACAUUGUUUGAAGGAGGGCAUUGUGGUGGGAUCUGUUAGUCCCUAUCUGCUUUAUCUGUGUAGCUGUGUUGUUAGAUUGUUAUUGGAUGUUAUUAAUUGGUUUCAAUGUAAGUUUAUUUGGAUCCUUCCAUGAAAAGAGUAACUAACAACUAUGAUAAAUAAAUUGCCCCACCAACUUUUGUCUCUGGCCCCUCUCACUCCUGGCAUAUGGGUCCUGGAAGGUUGUCUAUGAAGGAAUGCAGGCUUUGGUCUGAAAAAGAUUCCCAAUCUCCAUUCUAGUAUAUUAGUGUUUUCUCACUUGCUAUAACAUUUGUUUGUACUUAACAUAGUAGCUUGAGCCAUAAUUCAAAAUUUUGGUGCAGGGGAGCUUGCACAGUAUAGGUGACACUUAAGUUAAGCGGUUUUGCGUGGAUACUCCAACCCUCUUGUAUAGCCUUUAAGUUAAUGCUUUUCUUACAGGAGGAAGUCAGUUCGCCUAAAAUCAGCUGAUGAAUUUUGUUAUACAAGCAAAAAAAUGCCCACAGCGGAACCUAUUUAUAACUAGCUGUGUGUGUUAAAUUUGCAGAGAUACAUGCAUUCAGUAAAUGAUUAUGUCAGGAAUCAAAGUUAAGAUGAUUGAAAGUAUAUUUCACUAAAAAAUACACCAACAAGGAAAUAUUUAAUGCUGCUUGAAAGAUCACUGCAGCUCAGUCAGUAGAGCAUGAGAUUCUUAAUCUCAGAGUUGUGGGUUUAAGCCCCAUGUUGGACAAAAUAUUUCUGCAUUACAGGGGUUGGACUAGAUUGCCCUCAUGGUUCCUUUCAACUCUACAAUUCCAUGAUUCUAUUAUUUCUUUUAAGGUAACCUUUGCAGCCCAAGGAUCAUAGUUAUUAACUACGAUCUGCAGUUUUUAGUGCAGUGGGUACCUUGCAAUUUAUAUUUUAUUCAUCCUGAAAACUCACUUUAAUUAGGUUAGGUUGAUAACUUGGCAAAGAAUUUAGGUUUCAGAAAUAUGAGUGCUUUUCAUCAACUUGGAUUUGGUAUGAAGGUUACACUCAGACUUUUUGGAUACAAACCAGCCAUUGUAAUGUAAGAGGAAUGACUGCAAUAUGCUCUGCAUGUAGUUGCCUUUAGUGACUAACGAGUACAUUGGUUUUCAACCAGUGUGCUGUGGAACCCUGGGGUGUCUUGAAUGAUGGUCAGGGGUGCCGCGGGCAACACUGGCCUCUGUCCUUCUUUCCUUCCCUCCCUCCUCUGAUGCUCUCUCACAUCUGCCUCCCAAAGGCUUGCACAGCUGUUCAUUGCAGCAGCCCUGGCUACAAGCUCCCCAGGUGAAUGCUGCCUCUGGGGCUGACCAGGGGGUGCUUCCCAGGCCCCUGUGGGGCAGUUCAGGGAGGCUCAGAGACCAGGGUUAGCAGCAGCUGCUGCUGCCUAAAGGACUCCCAAGGAGAGGGGAGAGGAGGCUCAGGGAACACUCCACAAGGGACAUGUUUGAAAAAGGGUGAGAGGCUGCCAGCUCUGCAGGCAAGGGGUGACAUUACUGGGCUCUUGAGCCCCACAGGGCAGGAAGAAUAUAACUGGUCAAGGGAGCCAUGGACUGAAAAAGGUUGAAAACCUCUGAACUAGUAUAUCCCUCUUUUUGAUGGGAUGGAAGACUGGUAGCAUUAUAUGUUAGUGCUUCUGCAGCCACAGCAUCAUUUUCCAAGCAGAUUUCAAGGUGCUGGUUCAAAUCUACAUACUAAAUGGGUAGGGCACAUGCUAAACAGGCUGCCAGAACCCAUGUGUUCUAUCACAAUGGGUUAGCCAAUGGGAACUUCCUUUGACAUUCAAAUAGCAACUUGUCAGAAUUGUGGUGGGCAAAGGAAGUGUUAAACUCCUCUCCGUGGUCCUAAGAUAGUUUAGGUUCCUCUGUGGCUGCCCUUUAUGUAAAAAAACCUCCCCAAACUCACCCACGCAUGCUAACCAUCAUAUUUUGUUUAUUUCUGGUAUCAUUUAAAAACACUUCUCUUUGUUACUAUCCAUGUGUCAUAUUGAAACAAAAAAAUGAGCAUUAAAGGCUGGUGGUGUUGCUUCUUCGCAAAUUUGAAUUCCUGAAAAUUUAUCAGAGCCAGAGAACGUAUUUCAGGAGUGUACACUUUUGGCUGGCUAUGGAAAGUGGUGGGAAGGUAGGAUUAUCAUUUUCUGUUUUUAACCAAGUUGUAUUUUACAGUGGUACCUUGGGUUACAGACGCUUCAGGCUACGUGUUUUCAGGUUGUGCACUGCGCCAAACCUGGAAGUACCGGAAUGGGUUACUUCCGGAUUUCGGCGCAUGCGCAGAAGCGCCGAAUCGUGACCUGCAUGUGCACAGACGCGGUGUUGCGGGUUGUGAACGUGCUUCCCGCACGGAUCACAUUCGUAACCCGAGGUUCUACUGUAAUUGCAUUUGCCUGAGAUACUAUAGCAGACAUCCAUGCUUCUUAAUAUAUUGAUAAACUUCCCAAGCCUCUGUGAUAGAAUGAGCUAUAAAUUAAUCAUUGGUGUUUUAGUGGGUCAGAUGAAAGGUGAAUCUUUUUGUAGUUAGGUACCCUAUGAGUGAAAUGUGAGGCAGAAAUUUGAGCAUAAUUGAGUUCUUGUUGACAUUAAAUUGUCUGUGCUUGGCUUUAAGCAUUGGUUUCUACCUGUACAGCAUCUCUAAAUUUUUGAUAAAAGCUGCAACCCUAGCCUAAACUAUCUUAAGCUUUAUCUUUCUUACUGUAAAUUUCCACUGUUGUGUGUUUUUGCUUUUAUUGUACAUAUAUAUGACUGAACGGGCCUGAAGUACAGUGGUGCCCCGCAAGACGAAUGCCUCGCAAGACGGAAAACCUGCUAGACGAAAGGGUUUUCCGUUUUGGAGGUGCUUCGCAAAACGAAUUUUCUAUGUGCUUGCUUCGCAAGACGAAAAUGUCUUGCGAGUUCCUGCGGGGUUUUUUUCCUUUCCCCCCCUUUUUCCCAAGCCGCUAAACCGCUUAUCAGCUGAUGCUAAGCCGCUUAUCAGCUGAUCUUUAAGCCGCUUAACAGCUGAUGGCUAAGCCGCUUAUCAGCUGAUCUUUAAGCCGCUUAACAGCUGAUGCUAAGCCGCUUAUCAGCUGAUCUUUAAGCCGCUUAACAGCUGAUGCUAAGCCGCUUAUCAGCUGAUCGUUAAGCCGCUUAUCAGCUGAUCUUUAAGCCGGCUAAGCCGCUAAUACUGUAGCGCUAAGCCGCUAAACCUCUAAUGGGCUUGCUUCGCAAGACGAAAAAACCCGCAAGACGAAGAGACUCGCGGAACGGAUUCUUUUCGUCUUGCGAGGCACCACUGUAGUGCAGAAAUGACAUUGCUUACAUAAUUGGCCACAACAGUAAUUCAAUCAUAGUCUCUGCUUAGGUGAUGCCACUUCUAUCUUCCCUGUAUCACAUGUUUGAACUCUGUAAUUGGUACAGAAUAUGGGAGCCAGUAUUCUGACUGGCAUGUCUCAUCUUGCUGAUAUUUCACCAUUUAUAAAAGAGUUCGACUGGCUACCUGUUUGCUUCUUAGCUGAAUUCAAGGCAUGAGUACAGUGGUACCUUGGGUUACAAACACUUCAGGUUACAAACACUUCGGGUUAUAGACUCUGCCAACCCGGAAGUGGUACCUCGGGUUAAGAACUGUACCUCAGGAUGAGAACAGAAAUUGCUUGCCAGCGGCGUGACGGCAACAGGAGGCCCCAUUAGCUAAAGUGGUGCCUCAGGUUAAGAACGGACCUCCGGAACGAAUUAAGUUCAUAACCAGAGGUACCACUGUACUUAUGUAUAGAACCCAUAAUUGCUAAUUUUAGUCUGUUUUGAGAUUAAUCUAUUGCUUUUAUUUUUUAUCUGUUUUUAAUUGGAUUUUGUUUUUGUUGUUUGAAUACCGUAAUAAAGUGUGGAACUCAAAUAUUUUAAAAAAUAACCGUAAAUUAUAAGGGUGUAUAGAAGUUUGCAGUAACUUUCUAGUGUUUGAACUCCUUAAUGAAGAUCCAUUGGAGGCUGUUUUCUGGAGACAGUGCAGACAAGACAUUGUUAUUGGGAAGAUAAUUGGUGCCAGAUAAACGUGGAUAGCCCCUCAUGUUUAGGUGGGGCUUUUUCUUUUUGCAGUUUUCUUUUUAAAAAUUGUAAACUGCCCUUGGACUGACUUGUAAGAUAGGAUAAAUCUUAAUUAAAAUUGACAUGAAUUCUUAGGCUGCUCCCUCUGUUUCCUAACAGUGUGACAAAUAUCAAAAUAGAAUUUACCGGCUGUUGGCCACAGCAUGCUUUUGUUGAUAAUAUUUGAGUAAAAUUUAUAAAAUUUGCUCUCAGUGCAAUGCUCUUGAAGUGCCUAUAUCUUUUAUUGGUGUACAUGAAGCUAUAAUCCUGUGCACACCUGUCUUUGGGUAAAGCCUAUUAGGUAGAAUUCAGUGAUGUGCUAAGUGAGGUAUGGGGGCAUAGAAUGAGUUCCACAUGAGCAGUGAGACUCCCCACUCCUCCCCUUGUGUGCCCCCCAUCAGUGUUUGAAACUCCCAUUGUUCUAGUGUGUUUUGUAACAGGGAAUUUAAUUAGCCCAAGCAGUUUCUGAGCUCUGGGCGCAGUACUGUGCAUAAAGAUUUCAGAUUAAAACUGCACAGUGCUGAAGGAAAGGAGGACCCUUUUCUGCCUCCCCACUUCCAGCCACUUCCUGAAGUAUGGAGAACAGACCCUCUUAAGAAUAUUAGGGGGCGGGGCGGGCAGGGGAAGCAUGGCUUUGUUUUUUGCAGUCUUCAGAUGAGGACUAGACCAUGUGAAAAAUGGACAUAAGAUUUUAGCUGCAGUUCAUUCAUUUUAAGCUUUGUAUUCUUGUUAUAAAAAAGUGCACCUAGACAUUCCAUUGUUGUGCCCAUAACCUAGGUUUAAGGUGCCAUUUAGCUCCUAGCUUUCAUAUCUCAGUUUUUACACUGCCUCCAUGUACCUCUUAAAUCUGUUCCGGGGGUUUUUCCAACCCUCCGAAGACGCAUAGCACAAGCAGCUCCCAUUCUGUGCAUGCAACAACUUAGUUGAAUCCCACUCAUUGAAUACAGUGAGGACCCAUUUCUGGGUAACUUUGUCUAGAAUUGGGCUGAAUGUUAUCUGACAGCAAGCCUCUCUGCAUUUGAACAUUUGUAACAUGGCGCCAUUUCUGAAAAACAAAAGUUCUAUUGGCAAGCUUUCUCAAAAUAUUGUUACUGAGCUUUUUUGUGGAAGGAUCUAAGCUUUUAAUCCAUCAUCACCUCAGAAGAGUAGGAGCAGAAUCUAUACAUAGAGUGUUGUUGGGACUGCAGGAGGAUGGAAAUUUACUGAAAAUUAUUGCAAAUUAGUGCUAAUAAGCCUGUACUCACUGAAGAUUGUGAAACUUGUGGACUCUUUUCCUCUUCUUCCUUCUACUGCUUCCCUGCCAUUAAUCUGGCACAAUAUAUGUAACUUAGGAAUCUUAUAAAAAGUGAAUAUUAUGCACAGAGUUUUGAGACACAUUUCUGUGGAAAGCAAGAGCAGUAGAAAAUCGUUUCAUUUCCUGCUAGGAGUUAUGCCAAGUCACUAGCAUGGCCCUUUGGCAAAAUUUGGGUCUUCCCACACAAUGGCUUUGCUAUGUCAUGGCUCAAAGGCUGUUGUAUAAAUAUGAUGCAUUGUGACUACCAUAAGGACAACUUCUGCUCAUGGUUGCAAAGAGACCAGACCUCUGAAAUAUUAUUGGUUCUCGACUAGUUUAGGAAUAAGAAAAUACAAAUGUUAUAUGCGAGGGGUGGGAGCAGGGCAGAGGGGAGAAUAAGAGCACAGGAGUUUCCAUAACUGUAACUGGAAGCGUAAGUUUUAUAGAUCCCCAGAAUUGGAAUCUCUUAAAAGAAAAAAAGAGGUUACAGUUUUAACAGGUGUUUGGCUGGUGUCAGUUUUCUGUCUGUGGUUGCGGUGUGAUUUGAGAGGUGAUCCAUUCUUCUUUUUAAAAAAAAUUGCUGCCACAUAUUGUGGAAGUGCAUGUUAAGGAUGGCUUUCAGAAACUUUUCCAGUAGGAAAGAGACAAGAGAUCCAAAAAGUGGGGUAUCACAUGUGGCAGUUGGGUUUUUUAAGGCAAAGAGAAAUUGAAACCAUACACACAGCAUACAUAGCUUUUGUUUCUCCAGCAUAAAAGGGCAACAGCAUCUUGGUGAUCAAGUCCUGGAGCAGUCAGACUGCAGUUGCAAUUUGCCCCUUGCCUCUUUGCUUUUAGCAAGCAUAAGUAUGCCAAAUUCCAUGGGAAUAAUAAUAAUAAUUACUAUUAUUAUUUAUUUAUACCCUGCCCAUCUGGCUGGGUUUCCCCAGCCACUCUGUAUGUUGUACAGUUAUCUCUGAAAAGAGAAUACUUCCAAGCACUGCCUUGAAUUAUAAUUAUAUUGACAUAUUAACAUUAGUAAUUUUGAUAAAGCUUUAAUUAGCCAUUGAAGUAGUGCAUCAGGUGCUGUUGCCAUCAAUCCACACACUCAUCUUACUGUAGUGAUGUUAAGCUGCUCUAGCCAUGAUAGGUCAGAGCUAAUACUUUCUCCAAUAGGAGAAGGGCAGCACUGUAGCAUCUGUGCAUGUAACAUGCAUAUCUGAAAGGCAGUAAGUAGCUCACUGUGGCCUUCAUGCUCUCUGGUACAGUACCUUCAGACUAGGGGACAUAGUGCUGUAUUGCUAGGUUCCAUGUUGAAGAAAGCAACUAGGCUGGGACAGGCAACAGGGAUAGCCCAGUAAAUAAGUGGGGGCAAAUGGGUAGUGAAGAGAGACUGGAUAAUUUUUUUGUUUAUCUGUGUGCUGUGGGAGGGAGAAAGCAGAUAUUGUCUCAGGCAAGCAGGAGAGUGGUAAGAAGACUGUAUUAUCUUGUGCUCAUGUGCCUGUUCUUUCAGUGUAGCUUGAGUCAAAAUUCUAACAAGUGAUUCACUUGGAAAGAAUAGUUAUUUGCCCCUGCUAAGUCACUAACUGCACAGAUAAUGCAUUUUACCUCUGGUGUCUUACUGAUUGGCACCAGUUUUAUGCUAAUGUAUCUUAAGUAUGUGCCAGCGGUAGUUCCUCUUUGUUUUGUGUUUUGCUUUGCUCUAGUAAAUGUGUACAUCUAUUGCAUUGUGCCCUGUGAAGCUUCUGAGCUUAUACAAAAGCACAGAAUGUUAGUUAUUCAGGGAACUUAACGGUUUGCAGUUCAGUUCCUUUGAGGGAAUUGUCAAUAUGGCUGUAGUUACAAACUUUACAAGGGAGAGGCUGAGUUCUUGGGGUGUAGAGGCUAGGUUUAAGAAUGAUGGUGAUCAGGGAAUGGAUUGAGAAAGAGGAACCUUCAGGAAGAGCCAGGUUGCUAUGUUAGAUGAGAUUGGGACUUGAGACAAGAAGGGACUUAUCAGAGAGACCGCUCCAAAGAAACUACUCAGCAUUUAAGGCCAGGAGACACUCUGUGCUGUUGAGGGAGAGAGGAGCAUUAGGUCAAGACAUGGUGGUUAAAAGAAGUGGUUGCUGGCUCUAGAGCCUAAACCUGAAUACAGUGGUACCUUGGGUUACAUACACUUCGUGUUACAUAGGCUUCUGGUUACAGACUCCGCUAACCCAGAAGUGGUACCUCGUGUUAAGAACUUUGCUUCAGGAUGAGAACAGAAAUUGUGCUCUGGCGGCGUGGCAGCAGCAGGAGGCCCCAUUAGCUAAAGUGGUGCUUCAGGUUUAGAACAGUUUCAGGUUAAGAACGGACCUCUGGAACGAAUUAAGUACUUAACCUAAGGUACCACUGUAAGGGAAUUCUACAAAUUAUGACUUCAGUUGUCACUGUAGCAUUGUAACAUGGCAACCCUAAGUGGGCAGCAUGCACCUGAAAGUCAUGAAUGAAUGAAUUUCAUAUUGAUUUGGACUAACCAGCCAGUUCUUUGGUUGCAGUCUUCUUUCUGCUUUUGCACUUUAUUUGUGGCAGCAAAACCUUGGCACAAACAGUGGCUGCACCACAGAGAACAGGGCUGUGCUACAGUGCAGGGCAGGUGGGAUAAGUCGCUUGAAGUGUGCUUUGUAUUAUACUUUCUUUUACAGGCACAUCCAAACUCAGCCCUUCAUCUGUUUUGGGACUACAACUCCCAUGAUCCCUGACCACUGAUCCUGUUAGCCAGGGAUGGUGGGAGUUGUAGUCCCAAAACAGAUGGAGGGCCGAGUUUGGGGGUGCCUGUUCUUUUAGAAUAAGAGCAAAACUAUGGCCGCAAAGAAUCUACUUGUUAGCAGACUUCCUGGAACCCAGAUAUACUCGAAGGCUUCUGUGAUCUGAGCAACCUGCAGUAAACUGACUUGCUCCUGUAAUCAUUACCACAAAACAUAUCCACACUUUUGAGAGAAUUAUUAUUAUUAUUAUUAUUAUUAUUAUUUAUACCCUGCCCAUCUGGUCUAGUAGUAGACCAGAAAUUAAAUGCUUUACAAAUUCUAUAUAGCUGUUAUUAACCUGAAAUGAAAGAGAAAUGUAUUAAAGAAAUAAGCACUAGAAGAAGAGCAACAAUCACUUAAGUGGUGAAUUGCACUGUCAUUUCUGCUGUUGGGUUUUCUUCAUGUUUGGCCUUGAAGUAAAAAGAGAGAAUACUGGCGGUCUUCUGAAAUUCUUUGUAAUAGUUUCUGCAGCUGUGGUGAAAAUUCUUUUUUAAAAUCAUAUUUGUAAAUGCUUUGUAAAUUGCAGAGAUUGCUGUAGAGAUCCAUACAUGUCAAUUGACAUGUGGUGUGUCUAUAGCGAAAGGGGUGCUUUGAAAAAAUGCAGCUUAAGGAUUAUAAACUGUAGGGUUUUUCCACCAGUAAGAUGAUGUUUGAAUAUUGGGAUUUGGACUGCUCUACUGGGUUUAACUAACUGAAAUACGAGACACUUAUCUGUUCCAUUACCUCUCUUGAGCCAGAGUCUCCAAGUUCCUCAUUUUAUUAUGCAGAACUGUGUGUUCAGUGUUUCAGAUUGCAUUGAAGUAGACCUUUAGGAACCAUAGGAUGGACAGAUUGAAUGGUAUUUGUUGGCUGUACCAUAAGUGACUGCUUUGAACAUUAUUUUUGCCAUGUUGUAUGAAUGGUUGACAAUUUUAUCUAGUCUAUUCUUCAGUGUCCAGCAUUUUCUGACAGUUUUAAUAUUUGCAGGAAAUACUGACUUCUAGACUUCAUAACUUUCUUCUGCAGGAAAUAAGAAACAUAAUCUUACAUCUUUUCUGGGUUUCUAAAAAUUAAUAAAGACAGGAGGAAGAUGUAUGCUGCUGCUUUGCAUUUAGCUCCUGAAAUUAUUUUCUGAGACUGCCUCCCAUAGCAGAUUUCCACUUUACUUCAAUAUUAAACAAGAAACAUUGACUGGUGUAUGAAUUGAAACAAAAUACCCCUUAAGUCUUACUUCCUAUUAUUAUUAGUCUCAGUGCUCUGUUACAAAGCUCAAAAAUUAUUUUUACUCUUUGUUGUUGUUGUUGUUUAGUCAUUUAGUCGUGUCUGACUCUUCGUGACCCCAUGGACCAGAGCACGCCAGACACUCCUGUCUUCUACUGCCUCCUGCAGUUUGGUCAAACUCAUGUUGGCAGCUUCAAGAACACUGUCCAACCAUCUCGUCCUGUUGUCCCCUUAUCCUUGUGCCCUCAAUCUUUCCCAACAUCAGGGUCUUUUCCAGGGAAUCUUCUUUUUUCAUGAGGUGGCCAAAGUAUUGGAGCCUCAGCUUCACGAUCUGUCCUUCCAGUGAGCACUCAGGGCUGAUUUCCUUCAGAAUGGAUAGGUUUGAUCUUCUUGCAGUCCGUGGGACUCUCAAGAGUCUCCUCCAGCACCAUAAUUCAAAAGCAUCAAUUCUUUGGCGAUCAACCUUCUUUAUGGUCCAGCUCUCACUUCCAUACAUCACUACUGGGAAAGCCAUAGCUAUAACUAUACGGACCUUUGUCAGCAAGGUGAUGUCUCUGCUUUUAAAGAUGCUGUCUAAGUUUGUCAUUGCUUUUCUCCCAAGGAGCAGGCGUCUUUUGAUUUUGUGACUGCUGUCACCAUCUGCAGUGAUCAUGGAGCCCAAGAAAGUAAAAUCUCUCACCUCCUCCAUUUCUUCCCUUUCUAUUUGCCAGGAGGUGAUGGGACCAGUGGCCAUGAUCUUCAUUUUUUUGAUGUUGAGCUUCAGACCAUAUUUUGCGCUCUCCUCUUUCACCCUCAUUAAAAGGUUCUUUAAUUCCUCCUCACUUUCUGCCAUCAAGGUUGUGUCAUCUGCAUAUCUGAGGCUGUUGAUAUAUCUUCUGGCAAUCUUAAUUCCGGCUUGGGAUUCAUCCAGUCCAGCCUUUGAAAGAAAAUUAAUGAAUUUUAUUUUCCUUGAUGUGGUUAAUUUUUGUCUGCACAGUCCUUGCAAUACUAAUUUUAUUUACUGGCUUUCUUUAAAUAAGCUGUUUACUUUUAAAACCUCUCUCAAAUAUGGAAUGGGAAGUGCUGGUACAGCUGUUGGUGGAUCACUAUUAUACCUCUACUCCACAAUGGUAUUUCUCCUAAGUGUUCAGGCAGAGGGAAAUCUCUCUUCAGUGUAAGCUAAGCAUCACACCAGCUGUUACUCAAUACAGGGUGAUCUGGCCUCUCUUUUAUUUCAUGAAAAGCUUUAUACAGAAUGUACACAUUUAAUACACAUUAAUAGCAUUUGCACAGCUUUAUACGUCAAAUUACUUUCAUUAUGCUUAUCUUACAAUUUAACUCCCAACCCCAACCAGUUUCAAAGUAUUACACGAUCUCCCUCUGUUUCCUUGAAAUCAUUUCUUUGUCUUAGAUACUGAAUUAUCAGGAUCCAGCUGCUCAAAUAACUUCUGUUUGAUACUAUAUCUAUUGUAAUUGGUCUACUGUAGUAGGACAUUGAUUGCUUUUCUGUGUUUACAAAGAGCAAUGUAGCUAUUGUGAUCAUUUAUUUUAAAAUAUUUUUUCAAUUGAUACACAGCUCUUGAUAAAAUUAGCAUAUAGUCCACGGGCUUUAAUUCUACUCUGAACUGAACUGAACUGAAAUAGUUCAUCAUUUAUUCCUAACGCUAUCUUCUAGUAUCUGGCGGUUGUUGGGUUUUUUUUCAUAUUCUCACCACAUAUGAUAGAAGUCUCUGUUAUAGCUCUUCCAAAUUUUUCAGGCUGCUAAACACCAUUGUGAAUUAAUUUUGAAUCAGAUUUCUUUAAAGCAGACUGUCACUGAGAAGUGUGAGCCUUUUGUAUAAAGGCAUGUCCCCAUCUCCUCUGGAACUUAACUCUGUAGUUUUCUAUUCCACUUCCCCAUAUGAACUUUUCUAUCCACUUUCUGAGUUUUUAGUGAUUUCCCAUAAAAUUCAUUUGCUAACACUAAAUUUUCAAAUUCUGUGUUUUCUUAAAUAGUCUUUGAGGUAAGCUGCUGCAAUUUUGUCCCUUUUACAAUCGUACUGUGGAGUGCUGGCAAUAGCUAAUGGCGAUUUUAGUCUGGUCCAAAAUAUCUGGAGAGUGCAAGGUUGAGGUGACUGGCAUAGACAAUGGGACCUUGGAGGAAAUUUUGUUCUUCUUGCUUUAAGAAAUGGUGAAAACUGUGUUUGACUGACAGCCUCACUUUGCUAACAUCUUGUGCUCUCUUCUUUUUUCUUUCCUCAUCAGAUGUUCUCCCUCUUCCCCCAAAACUCCAAAUUCACCAGUUUCUAAUCCAUAACCUCCUUAUCUAAGGUUUUAGAUGAUACCCGCUUAACACUUCCUGUCUUCAGUUAUGUUUAGAUGUCAGGAGGAAUGGGCUCUGUCAGCAGUUACCAAUUAUUUGUUGACAGCCUUAUGAUCCACUAAAGUAGAAUUUGAUCUCCUGUGACACAUAAAUACUCAUAAACUGUUUCAGAUGUAGCUGAGACAGUGCUGGUGCCAGGCUAUUUUGUGCCCUAGGCAAGGCUAACUAUUUGCACGUACACACACACACACACACACACACCUCCAUUGUUAACUUCAGUUUUCAAAAAACGGGGGGAAUGAAAAGCACAAAACUUGAAACUGCUAAAUUUAUUUUAAAUUGCAAGAAUAAGUAAUGCAACCAUCUUUGAUUAUCUUUCUCAAAUACAAAAAGUGUUUUAGCACACAAAUCAUUAUGAAUAAUUUUGUGAAUUUUAUUGUUAAAAUUUUAAGUCUCUUAAAAGUUUCAAGUUUGUGUGCCUUUUCCUCUCCAAAGUUUGUUACCAGUUCCUUCAGGUCAAGUGCAGGUGAUGCUUGGGCAUGCUCAGUUGAUAUAGUUGCCAAGCCAACUAGCUUCUUUUGCAGUUUCUUUUGCUUUUUUGGUCUGUUUUGACAGCACUAACUAGGCAGGCUAGUGUUUUCAGUAGCAAGUAGGUUUUCUGUAAAAAAGAAAAAAAAAUUGUAGCAGUCUGCAGAAAACUGUAAAUAUAUAUAUCAUCACAACUGGAUCAGAGAGUUGAAGGCUAAUGGAAGUUCCUAGGUUUAUCACUUCAACUCCCAAACAUUAACUCUCACUCAAAGUCUUAUUGCCAAAUAGUGAAAAUCAUUUCUGUACUUCCUGUUAUGAGUUACAAACACUUUAGACUGCUUUUGUAAAUGGUAAGAACUGAAACUAUUAACCUGGGCUCUUAACUUGUAAACAUAGAUGUGAAUUUAUUGGCUGAUCUUCAUGUUAUCUUAAUGGCCAUGGAAUAGAAAUACAGGGGUUCGUUUUGAGAGGGGAUACUUUUUCUCUGCCUAUACAACUGUAGAUCUCUUAUAAAACCAGAAUAAUUUAAGAUGUUUCUCUUUCCUCUCUCAUACACAAUAAACAGCAUGAGAGUCUCUUCCCCCAAGCUUAUCAUACAUUUUUGUGGCCUCUUCAGAUUGUUCAGGUACUGUUGCUUUGUGUGUUUCUUAAUAAGCAACUCCCUCUCAAAAUUCAAUCAACAUUUGUCUGAAAGUAAUAAUUCCCUGGCAAGCUCAGUUAAAACUACAGCUCCAUUUGACCCCCAACCCAUUCUUUUUGAAUUUCUUCUGUGCAUAGAAACGUGCAAUUCUGGUGCACUUGGACUGAUUCUUACGUAAUGGAUGUCAGUGGAAAUGCUUCAGUAUGAUGAAGCAUAGUCCACUUCACAAGUAUAAUAUGUGACUGUUCUUUAACCAUGUUAAAGUACUCUUGUAGUACUCUUGGUGCCGUAACGUAUCUAGUAUUCAUUUGGUGGCUGUAAUGUAAGAACCAACCCUCUGGUUCACAUAGGCAACUUUUAGGUCUUGUAACCCUUUUAAAAAAGCUACUGUAUUCCAAAAUGCAAAACGUAUUAGCUGUAAGCUUGUUACAGUAGCUAUAUGUGUAGGAUUACAAAGUAAGCAUGUACUGAUUACAAUUACUUGUAUUAAUGUUUCCUUUAAAAAAGAUUAUUCAACUACAACAAUCUUCUUCCACCUUGGGUCACCAGAUGGUGUUGCGCUACAAUUCCCAUCAUCACUGACACUUGGCUAAGUUAGCUGAGGGUAAUGAGGCUUGUAGUGGUUCAGCAUUUGGAUACGAGGUUGAAGAACAUUGGAUUAAAAUACCUUUUGAAUUUUAUGUUGUGAUUAGAGUAGUAUCUUCAUUCCUGGACUGCAAGCUGAUAUUCAUCGCCAAUGCCAAAGUUUUGAGUGCUCAGUAGAUCAGGUUCUGUAAGCUCCUUUGAAGGUGUGUGUAUGAUACUUGAUAAACAACUGAGCAGUUGCUAGUGUAUGUAGUGACAUGUAGAAAAUGCCAGUUCCAAAUGACCCCCUCCUCCCUAUUGCCGCUUAUUCUGUAAAUGUGCUUAUUGACUCGUUCAUUCACUGUUCCAUAUCAGCAAUAUGAAUAUAUUUCACCAACUGACAGCCAGCUAAAAACUGGUACACAUAUAGCUCGUAACAUUUUGAUUGUUGGAGAAACCUAAAAAUGGCAUACAAACCACUGCUGUUAAACUUUGGAGGUUAAACCUACCUCAUAAUAUUGGUCAGUAGUCAUUCACAUAGUGAGCUAAGUAGAUGGAUGAAAUGUGAAGCGAUGGGAGCUUUUUCAUCACAUACUCGAAAGGAGCCUCUUUUGGGGGAAGGGAGUAUUUAAGUGCUAGCCAACCAUGUGAGUCUGAAAAAUGGGACAGGUCUUACAUACGUCCCUCUUCAUUUGCUUUAACAAGUUCCCUACCUGGCAACGAGGGAAGAGGGACAUAUCUAUGCUUGCAGAAUGCAAACUGUGUCCAGUAGCUUAAUAUAAGCCAUAGAUAAACAGAACAGCUAUCACAAGUGCAUCCUUGCCUGAGGCCAUGAGACUUUCCAAAGUAGUGCCCUUACUAAUCGGCUUUACACAAGAUCACUGGCCAAAUUAGAACUCUGCAGAAGCCACCAAUCUGUUUGGCAGUUAGACUAGACCGAAAUCAUUUUUGUCUACCUCAGUCAUCUUCUAUUUUAGCCUCCUGUUGAAAUAUCAAAAGCAUGUCCUUACUGUGAAAGGGGAGAGGAAGCAUGCACCUCUCAGGGCAACUUUGGGGCACAGUUGGCUCAAUCUGUUUUGUAAAAAGCAGGGGACUUUCAAAAAUUAUAUCAGAAGCUUGUCAAAAACAUACUCAUGAAAUUCAUAUUAUAAACCAAGGCUUGAGAGGCAGUUUGCAAGCUCCUUGCUCUUCUUUGUUUAUGCUUUGCUUGUUAGUAGCAAAUGGUAGACCUAAAACAUUGACCUUUCCCCUUCUCCUAAUGACUAAUUAGUGUUUCCCUUAUCACAUCACCUAACAUGCAACCGUUGCAUCUUCAGUGAUGAAAGCCUACUUUUUAUUUUGAAAUGCCUUUUCUUCGAGUUAUUCAGUGAACCUUCUUCUACAACUUAACUGUCAGUUCAACAUUUACGUGAACUGAAGGAUGCUUUAUUGGGGACAAGUACAUGAGAUGGCUCAAACGGAAGGCAUGGGAUGUUGUUGAACUACCGUGUUUUUCGCCCUAUAGGACGCACUUUUUCCCCUCCAAAAAUGAAGGGGAAAUGUGUGUGCGUCCUAUGGGGCGAAUGCAGGCUUUCGCUGAAGCCUGGAGAGCGAGAGGGGUCAGUGCGCACCAACCCCUCUCGCUCUCCAGGCUUCAGGAGAGCCCCACUGCCAGCCCCACAAGCUCAGGGGACAGCGGGGAGGCGGAACACCGCCAUCCCGCUGUCCCCCGACUUGGUUAGAAGGCUGGCGGGGGGGAGAAGCCUGCUCCUCCCCGUCGCCAGCCCCGCAAACUCAGGGGACAGCAGGAGAGGCGCAGCGCGCCAUCCCGCUCUCUCCGGACCUGGUUUGGAGGCUGGCGGAGGGCUUCCCCCUCCCCGAGCCCCGCAAGCUCCCAGAGCGAUGCCGAAGCUGUGCUGCGCCUCUCCCGCUGUCCCCUGAGUUUGCGGGGCUGGCGACGGGGAGGAGCAGGCUUCUCCCCCCCGCCAGCCUUCUAACCAAGUCAGGGGACAGCGGGAAAGGCGUGCUGCGCCUCCCCGCUGUCCCCCGAGUUUGCGGGGCUGGCGACGGGGAGGAGCAGGCUUCUCCCCCCCGCCAGCCUUCUAACCAAGUCAGGGGACAGCGGGAAAGGCGUGCUGCGCCUCCCCGCUGUCCCCCGAGUUUGCGGGGCUGGCGACGAGGAGGAGCAGGCUUCUCCCCCCCGCCAGCCUUCUAACCAAGUCGGGGGACAGCGGGAUGGCGGCGUUCCACCUCCCCGCUGUCCCCCGAGUUUGCGGGGCUGGCGACGGGGAGGAGCAGGCUUCUCCCCCCUGCCAGCCUUCUAACCAAGUUGGGGGGCAGCGGGAAAGGCGUGCUCUGGGCUUCCCCCGCCCCAGCCCCGCGCCUGGGGGGGGAAAUAAUUUUUUCCCCCUUUAUUCCCCCCCCCCAAAUCUAGGUGCGUCCUAUAGGGCGAAAAAUAUGGUAAUUCCUUGCUGGCAUAGAGGAGUAAUGCUUUAAGUAAAGGAUGGGCUUAACUUAUUAAAGGAUCUAGGUUGCUCUGAAUAGCUGGUAGGUCAUUGCUCUUUCUCGGUUUUGGUCACAAACCUCUUAAGAAAUUAUUGCCUUGUCAAGAUAAUUGAUAAAAUACAGAAGUGUGUAAAAAGAGUACUGCAUGUUUGUGUGUGUGUGUGUGUGUGUGUGUGUGUGUAAAUCAUAGCUACAUGGUAGACUUUGUACUGGGGCUGAUGCAAGUGAGCACUGGCUAAGUUUUAUGGAAUCUUCUCUGUUUUGCAGACCAUUGGCACAUGCUUUCUUACUAAGACAUCUGAGUGGUAG